GGGGAUUGGGCGCGCCGCUUGCUCUAGCCCAAGUUCAUUGAUCAGACUUGUGGGCAAACUUUUCUUAAAGGAGCCGCGUCCUUUUUUCCCGCCUUUCGGCCAUCGCCGAGUCCGAGCGCGGUCUCCUGGGCUGCGGGUCCUGUGGGAGAUAGGAGGCUGGUCUGAAAAGGAGAGUCGCCUGGAGAAACCCUCUCAUGGGUAGACGGGCUUCAAAGUGCUGCUUGGAAGGGAAGCUUCCUCAGGUCACGGCCCGGCCCGGCCCGGCAGAGCCCCUUUGGGUUGGGGGCGGGGAUCGGGGCUGUGCUGGGCUUUGAGGCUCUGUUAGCCCUUGCUCUGGGCUUUGUUUACAUUGAGUUUCAGACUCUGGAUACGCUCUCUGGAGGGGGCAGUGGAGGGGCGAGGCGUAGCAUUUUUAGCCUCUGGAUGCACCAGAAGGAAAAUAAAGAGAAGCUGUCUGUGUGCAGCAAACUGUGCUAUGCGGUUGGUGGUGCUCCCUACCAGAUCACUGGCAGUGCUCUUGGCUUUUUCCUGCAGAUCUAUCUGUUGGAUGUGGCACAGCUGGACCCUUUCUAUGCCUCCAUCAUCCUCUUUGUGGGUCGAGCAUGGGAUGCUAUCACUGACCCCAUGGUGGGUUUCUUCAUCAGUAAAACCCCUUGGAGCCGCCUUGGACGCCUGAUGCCCUGGAUCAUCAUCUCCACUCCAUUUGCUGUGAUCUCCUACUUCCUGGUAUGGUUUGUGCCAGACACUUCAAGUGGCCAGGUGAUGUGGCAUCUUCUCUUUUACUGCAUGUUCCAGACGCUUGUGACGUGCUUCCAUGUUCCCUAUUCAGCACUCACUAUGUUCAUCAGCAGGGAGCAGAGUGAACGGGAUUCUGCCACUGCCUAUCGUAUGACCGUGGAGGUGCUGGGCACAGUGCUGGGAACGGCCAUCCAGGGGCAGAUCGUGGGUAAGGCGGGUACUCCCUGCAUUCAGGACUCCCACUUCUUUGACAUCACUAACUCCUCGGUGGCCAUGGCGGCGGUGAACGUAACCCGUGACACCGGCUCCCUCACGGACACGAGAAACGCGUACAUGAUUGCAGCCGGCGUCAUCGGUGGGAUCUACAUACUCUGUGCGCUCGUCCUGUCGCUGGGCGUGCAGGAGAAGCGAGAUGCUGUGGCGCUCCAGCUGGAUAAGCCCAUCUCUUUCUUCCAGGGGCUGAAGUUGGUGAUGAAACAUGGUGCCUACGUUAAGCUGAUUGUUGGCUUCCUCUUCACCUCGCUAGCCUUCAUGCUGCUGGAAGGGAACUUUGCCUUGUUUUGUACCUACACCCUGGGAUUUCGCAAUGAGUUCCAGAACAUCCUCCUGGCCAUUAUGCUCUCUGCCACCUUGACCGUCCCCCUCUGGCAAUGGUUCCUCAUGCACUUUGGGAAGAAAACUGCCGUGUAUCUUGGGAUCUCGUCCGCAAUUCCCUUCCUCAUCAUGGUCGUUGUCUUGGAGCGUAACCUGAUUGUCACCUACGUUGUGGCCGUUGCAGCUGGGAUCAGUGUUGCUGCUGCUUUCUUCUUACCAUGGUCCAUGCUGCCGGAUGUCAUAGAUGACUUCAACCUGCAGCACCCAGACUCCCGUGGCCAUGAAGCUAUUUUCUUCUCCUUUUACGUCUUCUUCACCAAGUUUGCCUCUGGGGUGUCUCUGGGGAUCUCCACACUCAGCUUAGACUUUGCAGGGUACAAAACCCGGGGCUGCUCCCAGCCCAAGUUGGUGCACUUCACUCUGAAGAUGCUGGUAUCGGCAGCCCCUGUGGGGCUGAUCCUGCUGGGCCUGCUCCUGUUCAAGCUCUACCCCAUUGACGAGGACAAGCGGAGGAAAAACAAGAAGGCCCUGCAGGAUUUAAGGGGGGAGGAAAACAGCAGCACCUCGGACUUGGACUCCACAGAGUUCGCCAGCAUCGUGUGACACCGGCUCCCUUCCAUCCACAGUUUAGACACUGGGCGGCUUCUGCAACUGGAUGGGAUUGCUACUGGGCAACUCUGUUACCCAGGACCCCUGGAGGUGCUGGUGAUGUGCUAGGUGGGGCCGUGUGGUGAAUGUUACAUGGGAUCUGUGGGUAGUUGUCUUGUGCCUUCCAUGGGAUCCAUAGUGUUCUGGUAGCAUACAUUCCACGGGAUCUACUCAGUGCUAUACUAAUGUGCCUCUAUCGAACAACACCAGCCUGGCCCUGGCAGUGCUGUGUGCAGAGCACAGUAGCCGGGCUAGGAAGCUAUUGCUCAUAACAUGCAAGAGACUUGUGCAUACUGUCUGCCUCUCACGCCAAUUUGCCUGGUCCUGCAGACUCUAAAUACAGCACAGACCCUUGGAGUACUGUCUCUGGAUCACUCGUGGACCCAUGUGGUGCUGGUAGUGUACAUUACACUGUCAAUGUGAAUAAGCUGAAGGGUAAUGCACCUGUAUUGUCUGUAAAAGGCGGACACUAACGUAGAAAGAGAUGUGAGGGUUUUUAUAAAGUCUAAUUAACUUAAUGAUGUUGUAAAUAAAACCCUAUUUGUAUAUGUA